AUGUGCAAAGAAAAUAUUAGUAAUAAUAAUAAUAAUCAACAAAAUUAUAUUGGUGGCGGAUUCAGUUGGGGCAAUGCAAAUAUAAAUGUUAUUAUUACACCUACAUUACAAACCAAUGAUCAAUUGGAAGAAGCAAUUUUACAAAAUUAUGAAAUUAUUGAAUCAUGGAUCGAAAGUAAUCAACAACAUUUUUCCAAUGUAAACGAUACCACUGUAUAUAUUUAUUUAGAUUUAGAGACUUUUAGGGUUUCAUCGGUAUAUAGAUCUCAUCCAACCUAUAAGACUUCAAAAAAGAACAUGGUUGGCUUUACAUGUAUAUUUUCUGGUAUUGGAAAGUAUACGAAACUUACCCAAAGUACAUUCAUCUCUAAUAAUAGCGGAGUUACAUCAUAUAACAACCCAAAUAUUUCACUAUCUACAAAUAACCUAUCACUCUUAUCCUCUACCACCAAUACUACAGGAUAUGCUUCGCCACUCUUGUCAAUGUCACCCUCAUCCUUAUCACCAAAUUCAACAUCACCAUUAUCAUCUCCACCUAUAUCCUCAUCACCUAUCAUUAAUGGAAAUCAUUAUAAUAUGAAUGUAACAAGUUCAGUUAGUAAUAAUGGUUAUCAAUAUUCAAGUGGCAGUAGUAGUAGUAGUAGCCACCAUAAUAAUUAUGAUAUUGUUAAUAAUUUAUAUUAUAGUUGUUCAAACGUAAAAAAUAAUAUCUAUGACUCAGCUCACUAUGUAUUGGUUCAAAGUGUAAAUAGAGCUUUAAAUAAACUUAUUAAUGGAAUCUUAUCAUUCAAUCUUCAAUAUGAACAAGUCAUAUCCUAUAAGAGAGGUGAGGGUUUAGAUUUCCCACACAUUGGUUUGGUCCAAACAAGUUUACCAGACCAACCUUUUUCUCCAUUAUCUUCGCCAAUUUCCUCUGCUCCAUCAUCCCCAACUAAAGAUUUUGAAAAUAAUAAUGACCACAUUUAUAUUUAUAAUGAACAUGCAAUAAUAUCUAGUGUUGAUCAACAAGAAGAAGAUCACUUAGAAAAAAAACAUAUAGAGCCAUCUCCACCUGGAACACCUUUUCUUACAAAUAACAAUCACAUUCACAAUAUUUUUUCAAGUUAUUUUAUAGAUCAUUCUAAAAAAAUAAUACCAACCAUUAAGCGUACUUUAGAACGUUCAACAACAUCACCAAAUUUAAACUCAUCAUUUGACCAAAUUAAAAUACACAGCAAUAAUCAUAUAGAUAUUGGUCCAAGUAGUACUAUCGAUACCAUUGGAGUUAAUGGUGGCAAUCCAGCUAGUCCAUUAAAAAUACCAUCAAAUGGUUUCAUUUCAUCGCCAUCUUUGCAAUCAUUAGUUACUAACACUGCUUCCGUUGAACCACUUUUACUCGAGCAACCAUUUUCAUCAGCAUUAUCAAGUUCACCUUCAUCAGAAUUCGAUAAACCAAAGUUACCAGCUUCACCAGCAAAGUUAAGUGCUCUCCAAGCCAAAUUACAUUCAAUUUCAAAAGAGAUUGGUGAUUCAGAGGCAAUGUAUGUAAAUGAAACCAGUGAUUUAAAUGGUGCUGCUUGUAUGUCAUCUUUAUAUGGUUGGGAUUUCGAAAAGAAAGAGCAGUUUGGUAAUCCAUUUGCUGAUUGUUUCUGUAUAUCAAUUGAUCCACAUCCAAUGAUUAGGGCAGUACUUUCAGUAGCUGAUGGUUCAGGUCACGGAGAAGAUCCAAAAAGAGCUGCUUGUAUGUCUGUUUUGGGUUCAAACCAAUAUAUUGAAAGUUUAUACGAACAGGAAAUUCAAACUACAAAUGAUUUACUAACAAUUGUUGGUAACUCAAUUUUUGAAGGUCACAAGAGAAUUAUUGAAGAUGAAUAUUACAAAAAUCUUGAUAUUCAUUUUGAACCAAAGGGUGCUACAACAUUUUGUAUUGGAGUUUUAUCAAAAUUAGUCGAACCAAAUAAUAGUAAUAGUAAUAAUAGUAAUGGCUUAAAUGGUUCAGUUUAUAAUAGUAAUAGUAAUAUUAACAAUAAUAGUGUAAAUGGUAACAACAAUUGUAAUAAUAAUGUAAAUAUUGAAAAUAAUAAUAAUAAUAAUAAUAAUAGUAAUAAUAAUGGUAAUCAAUCACCAAGAUUAACACAAGGUGAUCAACAAGAUUCAUUUAAAAGUUAUAUUAAACCACAAUCCUCAGCUAGAAAAAAUAGUCGUGGUAAUGGUUCAAUUCCAAGGUACAUUGAUCAAAAUUAUGUGAAUGGUGAUGAAAAUACUGGUGGUAGUAGUGGUGAAACAUCACCAAAUAUAUUUCAAUCAAAUAGUCCAAUUAUUUCAUCACAAAGAUUAAAUAAUCCAAUAGCAAAUCACCACAUCCCAAUGCCACCAUCAUUAAAUAGAAUGUGUUUAUCACAAUCAAACGAUUCAGAAAUUUCUUCCAUCAUAUCAGAAUCACCAGAAUUGAUGAUAUCUAAAAAAACAAGUGUAAAGCCAAUCGAAAUUCCAAAUAGUAAUGGUUUCGCUACAAGUCCAAAUAAUUUAUCACCAAGAAAAUCUUUAUCACCAACUAAAAAUACAGUACCAGCAAAAUUACCACCACCAACAUUACCACCACGUCCACAUAAUCUAAUAAUGGGCAAUAAUAAUUACAGCCACAAUUUAAAUAUUAACAGCUUAAACAUUAAAGAUCCAUGGGUUUUUAUAGUUGGUUCGGUUGGUGAUACUAAAGCAUACAGAUGGUCUCAUAUAAAUGGUAAAGUUAUAGAGAUUACAAAUAGAGCUAAAUUAACACCAGGUGCAGGUGGUAAUGUUAAUCAAUUAAAGGUAUCCUCAAGAAAUUUCAAUGAUGCAGGAGGUCAAUUGGGUUGGAUGUGGGGCGGUGAUCAAGAUAAAUCUUGGCCACUUGAUGCAGCAUCAUAUCCAGAAACAAAGAGUGACAAUUUAAGAAGAGAACUCAUUAUAGCUAGAAACGAAAAAUGCAAACCAUUACUCACAAAUCUACAUUUUGCAAUGUCGUUGGUUGUACCAGGUGAUAGGGUUUUCAUUGUUUCAGAUGGUGUUUCAGAUAACUUUUUAACAGAAAAUGUUUCACUCGGCGCCAGUAAUCAACAAUCUACAGGUAAAAUAAAAUCAACUAGGGAACAAAUUGAGGACAAUAUGACAAGGUUUUUAGAUGGCUUACCUAAAGAAUCGUUAGCAACAUGUGAAACGAUGUCGCAGGCUAUUAUUACCCAUUGUAUUGAAAACACAGAGCCAUUCCGUAACCUUCAAGAAGAAACCAGCAAACUUUUAUUAAAGCUUAAAGAAAUUGAAGCCCAUUCACCAAAUGAUUUCACUAAAGACCCAUUAUAUCAAACUUAUAAAAAACUACAUAAUCAGAAAACCAAUGCCCUUAGAAAAAUUAAAACUGGUAAACCUGAUCACUCAUCAAUAGUAAUAUAUCAAGUACCACAUAAUUAA